GCGCGCAGAACGCAGUGAAGGAUGAUGGCGAGCCAGCGUUUCCCUACGCCGUUCCACGGGCACGUGGGCCGCGGCGCCUUCAGCGACGUGUACGAGCCCGCGGAGGACACGUUUCUGCUUCUGGACGCGCUCGAGGCAGCAGCUGCCGAGCUGGCGGGAGUGGAAAUAUGCCUAGAAGUAGGGGCAGGGUCUGGUGUAGUAUCUGCAUUCCUAGCCUCUAUGAUAGGUCCUCAGGCUUUGUACAUGUGCACUGAUAUCAACCCUGAGGCAGCAGCUUGUACCCUAGAGACAGCACGCUGUAACAAAGUCCACGUUCAACCAGUUGUUACAGAUUUGGUCAAAGGCUUGCUACCAAGAUUGAAGGAAAAAGUUGAUCUUCUGGUGUUCAAUCCCCCCUAUGUAGUGACUCCACCUGAAGAGGUAGGAAGUCACGGAAUAGAGGCAGCUUGGGCUGGUGGCAGAAAUGGUCGGGAAGUGAUGGACAGGUUUUUCCCCCUGGUUCCAGAUCUCCUUUCACCAAGAGGAUUAUUCUAUUUAGUUACCAUUAAAGAAAACAACCCAGAAGAAAUUUUGAAAAUAAUGAAGACAAAAGGUCUGCAAGGAACCACUGCACUUUCCAGACAAGCAGGCCAAGAAACUCUUUCAGUCCUCAAGUUCACCAAGUCCUAGCAUACAGUGUGUGCCCAGAGCUACUGGAAACUGAAUGCAUUUAGCAUAUCUUGAAACUGAAGUCAUUCAUUAGGUAACAAGGAAUUUUAUCAGAAAUUUGUCAUUAAAAAAUGGCAGGAAGGUGGAACAUUCCCUUCCAGUCAGGCCUAUAUAAUUAUUUGCAAAAGUACAGGUAAAUAUGUAUAUUAUAUUUAUAAUUUGCAUUUUAAAUAUAAAAGUUAUGUAUGAAAUAUUUAUUUCACCAUUAUUUGGUGAGGCAAUGGAAUUUAUCUGGCAAAUGUCUUUUUUUUCAUACCAGUCCACAAAGGCAGUUUGCUUUCAGAUGGCAGGGCCCCCGACACACCUUCAUUGUUGUAUAUCCGGUGUAUAUCAGCUCUCCAACUCUAUGUCAUAAUUCAGUUCAUGGGGCUCUUGAUUACCUUUCCCUUCCACAAAAUAUUACACUAAUUCAUAUAAUUGAUGACAUUAUGCUGAUUUGACCUAGUAGCAAGAAGUAGAAACUACACUAGACUUAGUGGAAAGACAUUUGCAUCAGAGGGUAGGAAAUAAAUAUGACUGCAUUUCAAAUAAAUAUGACUGCAUUUCAAGGACCUUCUACCUUAGUGAAAUUGGUAGGGAUACAGUGACAUGGGGCAUGUUGAGAUAUUUCUUCUAAGGUGAAGGAUAAGUACUUGCAGCUUGCUGCUCUUACAACCCAGAAAGAGGCACAAUACUUCGUGGGCCUCUUUGGGUUUUGGAGGCAACAUUUUCCAAUUUCAUUAUGUUACUUCAGCCCAUUUACCAAUUGACUCAAAAAGCUGCUAGUUUUGAGUAGGGCCCAGAACAAGAAAAGUCUCUGUAACGGGUCCAGGCUGCUGUUAAAGCUGCUCCGCCACUUGGGUCUUAUGAUCCAGCAGAUCCAAUGGUGUUUAAGUGGCAGUGGCAGAUAGGGAUGCUGUUUGAAGCUUCUGGCAGGUCCCUGUAGGUGAAUCUUGGUUUAGGAUUUUAGAGCAAAGUCCUGCCAUUACCAACAAAUAGCUAGUCUCUUUCUGAGAAACAGCUCUUGGCCUGCUACUAGGCCUUAGUAGAGACGGAUACUUCUUGAGCCACCAAGUUACCAUGCAACCUGAGCUGCCUGUCAUGAACUGGAUGUUAUCUGAGCCACCAAUGCACAAAGUUGGAUAUGCCCAGCAACACUCCGUCAUCAGAUGGAAAUGGCAUACACGUGAUUGGGCCUGAGCAGGCCCUGAAGGCACAAGGAAGUUACAUGAAGAAGUAGGCCAAAUUUCCAUAGUCCCCACUUCUGCUACCUGCCUUCUCUCUUCCAGCCUGCAUCUGUGGCUUCAUGGGGACUUCCUUACAACCAGCUGACAGAGAAAGAGAAGACUUAGGCCUGGUUUACAGAGGCUUCUAUAUGAUAUGCAGGUACCACCCAAAAGUGGACAGCUGUAGCACUCAGCUCACCUCUGGGCUACCUUGAAGGACGGUGGUGAAGGGAAGUCUUCCCAGUGGAAAGAACUUUGAGCAGUCCCCCUUGUUGACUUUGCUUAGAAGGAAAAAUGGCCAGAUAUUCAAUUAUAUGCCAAUUUGUAGGCUGUGGCCAGUGGUUUGGCAGGAUCGUCAGGGAGUUCAACAUAACUGGAAAAUUGGUGACAAAGAAAUCUGGAGAUGAAGUAUAUGGAUAGACACUGAAUGGGCAAAAAGGGCGAAGAUAUUUGUGCCCCAUGUGAAUGCUCACCAAAGGGUUAGCACAGAAGGAUUUUAAUAAAGUAGACAAGAUAACCUGUUCUGUGGAUACUAGUAGGCCUCUUUCUUCAGCCACCCGUGUCAUCACCCAAUUGUUUCAUGAACAAAGUAGCCAUGGUAACAAGAGUAGAGAUUAUGCAUGGGCUCAGCAACGUGGACUUCUACUCACCAAGGCUGACCUGGCCAAGGCUAUCUCUGAGUGCCCAGUCUGCCAGCAGCAGAGACCAACACUGAGCCCCUGAUAUGACACCAUUUCCCAGAGUCAGCAGUCAGCUGCCUAGUGGCAGGUUAAUUACAUUGAUCCACCUCCAUCGUUGAAGGGAUAGUGUUUUGUCCUUACUGAAAUAGAUCUUACUCUGGAUACAGAUUCACUUUCCCUUCGCACAGUGCUUCUACUAAAACUACCAUCCAUGGACUUACAGAAUCUCUCAUCUAUGACCAUGGUAUUCCACACAGCAUUACAAGGAACUCAGUUCACAGCAAAAGUGUGGCAGUGGGCCCAUGCUCAUGGAAUUUUCUUACAAUGUUCCCUACUAUCCUGAAUCAACUGGCUACAUAGAGCAGUGGAAUGGUAUUUUGAAGACAGUAAUAGCACCAGCUAUACGGCAGUGCCUUGUAGGGCUGGGACAAGGUUCUGUGGAAGGCUGUCUACUCUCUGAGUCAGCAUCUAGUAUAUGGUGCAUUUCUCUUAUGAUGGAUUCACAGAUCCAGGAAUCAAGGGGUCAAAAUAGGAGGGACACUGUUCGCUAUUAGCCCUAGUGACCCACUAGCAAAAUUUUUGCUUCCUGUUGUCAUGACUUAUGCUCUGCUGGCCUAGAGGUCUUACAUAGGGUGGCAUGUUUUCCACUGAGAGGUACAAUCAUGAUUUAUUUGAACUGGAAGUUUAAGACUGCUCCUCAGCCACUUCGGGCUUCUCAUGCCUCUAACUCAAUAGACAAAUGAGUUACAGUGCUGGCUGGGUGAUUGUUCCCGACUACCAAGUAGAAACUGGACUACCCCCAAAUGGUGGUAAGGAAAAGUAUGUUGGGAAUAUGUGAGAUUCCUUAGGGCUUCUCUUAGUGUUACCAUGCCCUGUGAUUAAGGUCAGUGGAAAACUACAACUUAAUUCAGACAGGACCACUAAUGACCUAGACCUUUCAGCAAUAAAGGUUUGGGUCACCACCAGGUAAGUGCCAUGACCAGAUGAAGUGCUUGCUGAAGGCAAAGGGAAUACAGAAUAAGUGGUGGAAGAAAUACUGACUUUGAUCAUAUGACCAGUUACAGAAACAUAGACUGUGAUUGUCAUAAGUAUGUCCUCCAUAUUUUGCUAUGACUCCAUGUUGUGUGUGUGUAGCUUUCUUUCUUCUCAUUUCCUUAUUCUGUAACAUAAGAUGCAUUGAUUUUAUUAUAGUGAUGUAUUAUAGAUUUGUUAUAGAUACAUUGUUUAAAUAUAGUUAAUUUUUUAAACUGGC